CUUUUUUCAUGUUUCUGCAUGCAUGAUGGCAUCGUUGGCGGUAAAGUCUCCGUUCCCCACAGUCGACCCUACAUGGUCUACAUUCGUGACAAGAUAUCAAAACAAACAUGUGGUGGUUUUUUGGUAAGAGAGGAUUAUGUGAUGACAGCUGCCAGCUGUAAACAAAGUCAUCUUAAGGUCUAUUUGGGGGUCUAUGACACCAACUUUUUGCAUGACGGUAUAGAGGUAGAUCCCGUUCCACAUCCAGAAUUCACUAUGAAAAGAACAGAUCAUGACAUCAUGCUUCUAAAGCUUAAAGCUCCAGCAACUUUGAACAAAACUGUGUGUACUAUCACUUUGCCAAAAACUGAGAAAGAAGAAAUCUCAAAGGACUGCAUAGUCAUGGGUUGGAAGAAAUACCAUGAAGUGUCUCCAUCAAAUGUGCUCAAAGAAGCAAACGUGACUCUGAUAGAUUCUGACAACUGUGCCACGGCUGACACUCUGUGCUCUGAGGGAUCAACUGGACCAGCACUGGGAGAUGCUGGGGGUCCACUUGUUUGUGGAGGUGUUGCACAGGGAAUUGUAUCAUUUUCUAAAAACAAGCCAAAUGCAAACUACCUCACAGGGUACAUUCACAUCUCCCAGUACCUUCCAUGGAUUCAAAGCAUCAUGUCACCUACACCACCAGAAAUGAUAGAUCAGGCCUUCAUAUCAGGAACAUUUGUUCCAACCUCAGAUGACAAAACCCAAAAUCCAUCAGCAUUGUUUUGUCUGUUACCUGAAACCUGA